GCGCUCUGUUAUGUUUUCUAUCCGGGUCAGUCGCGUUGGCUGUGGCAUAGUCGUUCGUUUUGCCAAGGUUUAGUCUCACGAAGGUUUAGUCCAAAUUUGAUAAUAGUACACAAGUGAACGGACACAGCUAACCGGGGGACGUUGGUUUAUUUCGUGUCUUAGCUACUAUCCGUUUUCCUGCCUUGAUAUUUGAAUGAAACCGCUUUCUUGCCGGCCUUCGACACAUCAGUCUUGCCGACGGAGUCCCCGGACUUCCGGACUGAUUAUUGUCAAGGAACUUUGAUGAUGUUGCCGUCGCCUCGACCUUAAUAAUUAGUGUGAAGUCCCUGGUUUUGUUUCCUUCUCAGUCGAGGUUGUGAUACGAAGCUUUGCAUAAUGGUCUUCUGUGAGAUAAUCCGUCUGCUGUUGUAACCAGGCUUCUUUUCUGAAGUCAUCCACACUUCACACUGGAGCUGCCAGCUAGGAACAGCAGGGCCAGCGGCUAACAUCCUUCUCUGAGCCUGUGUUACAAAGUCUACAAUGGCCAGUCAUUUCCGCAGCUACAUCUGGGACCCAGUCCUAAUUGUAUCUCAGAUUGUGCUAAUGCAGUGCAUCUACUACAGCUUCCUUGGUUUAUGGUUGGCUGGAGUGGAUAGCCUUGUGCAAACUAAUCGGUCACUGGACCAGAUCUUCAGCUAUGAAGUCCUUGGAUUUGCAACAUUGCAGGGAAGGCUCUCAAUGAUGGCAUUCAUCUUGAACUCUCUUACCUGCGCCCUCGGCCUGUGGUUCUUCAUCCGUCGAGGGAAACAGUGCCUGGACUUCACCGUCACUGUGCACUUCUUCCAUAUGAUUGGUUGCUGGAUCUAUAACUCUCAUCUUCCAUCAGCCUUGUCCUGGUGGCUCGUCAAUGUAGCCUGCAUGGCACUGAUGGCUGUGAUAGGAGAGUACCUGUGUAUGCGGACUGAGCUCAGGGCGAUUCCAGUCAACAGUGGACCAAAGUCUAACCUUUGACUUCUUGUUGGAACCGUGCUGACCCAUCUGAAAAUCUGUGGACAGUUAACUCCAGAGGAAAUUUAUCAGAAGAGGUGUUUCACUGCUGGCAAAGGGAAGCUGAAAGCUGCAUAGUGUAGGUGUUGAAAGAUGUACACCUCUCCGCAGGAUACAUCAGAUGAACUGAGCUGUUUAUGUAUAAUUGCCCAUCUACCCCUGGACAUUGACAACUCGGUAGUUUAUUUAAAUAACAUGGUUUGAUGCAUUUGAAAGCAGAUUUCUGUUUGCAUCCUUCUCUGGACCUGAAAGACCAUAGAUUGUUUUUUUUGACUGUUCAGCUUAAAUCUGCACAAGGCAAAAUGUAAUUUUGUUUCUUUGUAAAAAUACUUCUGUCGUAACAGCUUGAAUCCUCAAGUCUGGUUACAACAGAGGAGAAACCCCCAUUUCUCUUUUUCGAUCCAAGUAAUUCACCAUCCUUGACCAACUGAAUUUCUGGGGUUGUUUGAGUCCACAGGAGGCGAUAGUUGAAAUUAAAAUACAGACUGCUUCCUAAACAGCCAGCACACUGUUCAAAGAAAGCUGGCCUUUACAGUGUUAGAUUUUUUUUUGUUUGUUUUUUGCGUCUCUCAUGUCUGUGGUAUCCUGUGAUCACAGACUGGCCAGAUGGGUGAACAUUAUUUCUCUACAUGAUUUCUUGGUAUUGAAGUUCAAAUAACGUUCGCUAGCUGGCAACAUGCAGAGCUGCACAGUGCAGUUUCAAUAAUUUUCUUCAUUUAUCUGCAUCCUGGAGCCGAAAGUAAGGCAGCAAAUUGUGGCAUUUGGUGUUCAAACAGUUGUACCGUUCAGGUUUUUGAUACACAUCAUCUUGUAAACCCUAAAUGUAGGAGAGAUGUAUCUGUUUUGUAUUCUCAUAAUGUAACAGGUCACAAUUACAAAAGCCAGCUUAUUUUUGAACAUGGCAGUCUCACAAGCAUUCUGAUAAGUGUCUCUUCAUGUCUCGAUGUAUUAUGCAGAUGAGGUGGCCACUCUAGGGAUGGUCUGUCAGCUGCCAUCUGCAUCCUGACACCAGGCUGUAUCUGCGCUCCUGAAAGCACUAUCACUGUUUAUAGAGACAUGACUGGUAAAGCUGGAAUGAUUUGGACUUUUUGUUAAGGCUUAAAGAAGUUUUUCUAAAUUGUCUGCCUCAAGUAAUACACCUCAUGUAAGAGUUCCUUUACAUUUUAUGAGACAAAGCUGUCGUAGCUUAUAAAAAGUGGACUAUGCAGUGUCUUGGUUUGACAUCAAUUUUCUGAACUGUUAAUAAUAUUUCACUGAGUGGGUUGAUGUUACUAAGAUAUGUUGAACUCAUUUCAGCAACUUUUUUUGAGCCAGCGUCACAGACUGCUUCUCCGACAGUUUAACAUGCAAAGCCAGCUUUGUACUCUGUAAAAUAACUUUAAAUUAUAAAGCAUAUAUAUUAAGCUGUUUUUAUGCUGUGUUUAAUAAAUAUUGAGAGCCCA